AUGUGUGGCAUAUGUAUUGACGAAGUGCCGCAAGAGUUUCACAAGGAAAGGAAAGCAGCUGCCGAGCGCAUCCUAGAAGCGGCCGAGCUGGCGCUUCCCACGGUUCAAGCCGUCGUGGCUGACGACGCGACCGACGACCUCAACCCAGAGGCGGUGGAGGUUAUGCUUGGCUUGUUCCAGGAACUCGUGACGCAAGCAAUUGCACUUGAGGAGCGGAUCCAUCCGACCGCUCUCCAUGAAUGGCUGCGGGAGGCCAUCAGCACAGUGGACCAGAGCGCCGGAAGCCAGUGGAAAUUCGUUCCCACGGCGCUCAUGGCAAGGGGCAGGAGCACAACCCGCAGAGGGCGCCACAAGGGAAAGGAGAAGUCUGAGACCUCCCCGGCACCGCGGCAGCAGCCCGAUGCCCAACCGGGCACUCCACAGCACUUUGACAUAUCAGCCC